CAUGCAAGUAUAUAAAGAGACAGGCUAAGCAAGUGAGAAAUAGAUUAGCUUUGCAGCACUUAACACUAGCAAAGAAGCAAGAAACAUACAAGAAAAGAUGAUGAGAGAGGAGACACUUAACAUCCUAUUUAUUCUACUGGCAAUUUCCACAACCACACUUAGAAUAGCUAGAGGAGAGGAAGAGAAGCAGGAGGCCUGCAGGGAACUUAAUGAAAUAGGGAACAUACUGGAUGAAGAGGAGUGUAUGAAUGGAACACAGGAAGCAAGAUACUACUAUGAUAGCAAUGCAAGAACUUGCAACUCAAUCCUCACAUGCAACAGUACACUACUAGACUCAUUACACAGGUCUAUCGACGAAUGCAGAUCACUUUGUUCUCCUUGCCCGGCAUUAAAACCAACCUCACAUAGUUCCGUAAUAUUCUCAACAUGUACACAGAGCAGCAUUGAUUGCGAAGCAGUAUACAGAUGUGAAAAUGACUAUUUCUUCUUUACUGGCAAUAAAAGAACAUGCAGAAAUGGAGUAUGGUCAGACGAGCCAAUAUGUGCAAAGCCUGUCAUAUAUUAUAAAGAAAAGGAGUUAGAUAAACAUGCUGUGAUAUACUUAAAUGAUAGUAAAACAGUAUCAACAGAGACAGUGGAGUGUAGAGUACAACCAAAGCUGCCAAAGAACACAAUAGUGAGAUGGACUACACAAUCACGCCAUGUUAUCAAUGGGACGUGGAGUGAGACAGGCUACCAGUUGUCUAUACUCAGCAAUGGAUCUUUUCCUACCGAAUACUUCUGCAACAUCAGUACACUUAUAGAUGGAAACGUAAAAUCCUUCCAUGCCAGUGUUAUCUUCAAUGUAAACACUACUGCCAAUACCAAACCUCCUGAAAUCUUAUACUCGCUCGCUUAUUACAAUCCAGCGACAUCAGUCAUUAAAGGAGAAUGUUUUUGCAAAGGUUAUCCAAAACCAAGUGUCUCUUGGUACAUAGAUGACAUAGAACUCGCUGGAAAUGCCAUAGACUUAACGGAAACAUCAGAGGAUAAAACAUUUAGUGUACUACAAAUAAGAACUAAUCAGCAGAGUGGAGGAUACAAGUGUAGCUGCAGCAAUGGGAAAGAAACCAUUGAAAGCAUUGAGCACUAUGUAUCAGUACCAGGAAGCACAACCAGCAGAAGAAAAAGGUCAAGCAGCAAAGAGGAGGAACUAGAAAUAUGCAGCAUGAUAAAGAGCAGCACUGUUACAAUCACGGGAACUGUGAAAAGGCAGCUCUCCUCCUCCUCUAUCCUUCAUGUCAAACAAGAUAAUUUAAUAUAUUCUAGACCCAGAGUGCCCUCCUUACCAAAAGUAUUGAGAGUGACAAGCAGUCAAAGCAACGCCAAAAGUAACAAAACAUACUUAAUGUUAUUAGAUGGGACAAAGGAAGGAGGCUACAACUUAGCAUUAAAACUACCUUAUUCAAAAGAACUAGUCGAGUCAGUAAUACAAUUGUGUCAAUUAUAACAAGACUCUCAUUUUUAUUGCUAUUUGAAUCUAUCUCUUAUAUGC